GGACACUUUGAACUAGUAGUGUUUACAAAAUCACCAUUGUGCAAUGCAAGAUGACUGAGAAAGAACAAAAACAAAAUGAAUUUUCAAAAUUUUGAUCCGAAUUAUCCCAGAGGACUCUACUAAUUACAUGUUAAUAGUCUUCACAUGCUGUCAAAUUGAAGUUUCUUUUCAAUAAAUUCAGCAUUUAAUUCUAUCCAUCUCUUAAACCAAAUGAAUGUUUGAAAGAAACUUUAACAGCUAAAUAGGUCUAGAACACUUAAUCUUUUAUUGAAUACCAAUAUCUUCAGGUUAAGUAUACUUCACUGUGCUUUUUCUAUAUUAUCUAUAAACAAUUUAAACUGAAUAAAAUAUACAUACUUGGUAAGAUGUAUUGAAGAAUGCGAAUUUGUUUUAGUAUGUUUGCAUUGACGUGUACACCGUAUUUAUCACUGACGAAAUUACUUGGUUUUUUCCAACUUAUUUUUGUCUACGUGAAUCAAUGACCCGUGCCAUUUUCAAUACGCAAGCAGUAUUUUUUCAUAUAUGCAUUCGUCCCCGUGUGGGGUUUUUCUCUUUCAAUCUUCUUCCUCUUCUGUUUCGCUUGUUCUUCGAUUUUAUUUUGUCAUGAUCAAAACAAAAAUAUACGUUGAUAUAUGAAAUAAAUCACCUUGGAAUCUCGAAGUUACUCUUUUUGAUGAGUAAAAGAAACCUUGAUUGUUUGAUCGUGAGGAUGUGAGUGUGGGUCUUCAUGUUCUAUUCCAUGAAUAAUAUCCGUACACCCAAAUCCGAUAUUCACACCGUAUAUUUGCAAUGGCUUGUACACCGUAUCUAUCAUUGACGUCAUUACGUGGCUUUUAUUCACUUACUUUUACUUACUUGAAUCAAUGAACCGUAUCAUUCUCAAUAGGCAAGUAGUAUUUUUUCAUGCAUGCGCUUGUGAUUAUCUUGAAAAUGAAUCAGCCAGUAGACUUAAUUAAAACACAACGUUUAUUAUUAAAAGAAGACUAACAGACAGUCUAAAACGUUUUUGGGAAUGAUUGCUAAUCCAUAUUUAAACAGAAAGAAAGAAAGAAUACCCUUGCCUUGCGGCUACCUUUCAGUAUAGGGUGUUGUCCGGAGACAGUUUCAAGAGCCCGAUAUUUUUCCUACAACUAUUACUAGCUGCAGCUCUGGACAGAAGGCCGGCCUGACUCAGAAUUCCUUCCGCUUAAUUACUUAAGCUUCCCAUGCAUACUGACUAACCACAUACUAUCCAUGAGGAUAUUUUUAUGUAUGUCACNAGAAAGAAAGAAAGAAUACCCUUGCCUUGCGGCUACCUUUCAGUAUAGGGUGUUGUCCGGAGACAGUUUCAAGAGCCCGAUAUUUUUCCUACAACUAUUACUAGCUGCAGCUCUGGACAGAAGGCCGGCCUGACUCAGAGUUCCUUCCGCUUAAUUACUUAAGCUUCCCCUGCAUACUGACUAACCACAUAUUAUCCAUGAGGAUAUUUUUAUGUAUGUCACAUGUAAUCAGCGUGCUGUCGGAUGGGUGAUUCGAGACAAAGUAGUCGCUAGUAACUUGUCCAAGGUUAUUCUAUGGAUGAUGGCGCCAAGGUUUGAACACACUAUCUUGUGGAUAUGUGUCGAACAUCUUAACCAUUCAGCCAUAGCGGCUGUGUCAAAAAAACAGACGAAGAGAAACAAACACAUCUUGUAUCUCGUAGUCAAUACGAAGUGAAACGUCUAGCCGAUAAACGUGCAAAAGAAAACCCAGAAGAUAGAAAAGAACGUCUUCCAGCAAAACGUACGAAAGAAAUGAACCGCCGACAGAGCUUACGAGCGCGUGAGACUGAUGUGGAGCGAAAUACUAGGUUAGAGCGUGACCGUGAGCAACAUCGGGCGAAAACAAGUGCGAAAAAUGAUUCAAAUAUGGCAACUAACCCAAAUUGUGCUGUAUGCGGCUAUAAAGUUCUGGCUCGGAAUUGGUCAAAAUUAGCGAUUAGAUCGUUUCCGAACCUUCAUCUUCUUCGGCCUCAGAGCGAAGAGAUACCGGAUUCUGUUCUGAAAAUUAGUUUUUUACGAUUUACCAAAAUCUUCUCUGGUUUCGAUGUUCUCGUCAAUGGAGCACUGUUAGGACGAUGUGGGAUCGACACGACAACUGGAUUGGUAUUCGUGUGCCUUGGUUGCCAGACCUUUUUAAAAAACAAUGCUACCCCUGCGUCGGCUUUGAGCCGCUUAUACUCUCCAGAUGAUCCUUUGGAUGAAGAAUAA